AUGUUCCCUUUUCGCCACCAUACCUUUUCUGGCGCGGACUUUGGUAGAUUGGACAGAAGUCUUUAUCAGACAGAGCGAAAACGAUCAUAUACCAUUGCAAGUUCUGAGAAAAUACUUGAAAACCCUGGUUUGGAAGUAGUUCGAAAUUUUAGCCGAACAAGACGGGGCAUAAAAAAUCACGGGGACUUGCUGAGAAUCCCAUCCCCGACUUCACCGACACAAAGCUAUAUGGAAGGUCUAGGAAGGCGGACGUCUCUGUUUUCUACAUUGUCUUUUACAAGUGAUGAUUGCUUCAAAGAGAAAAAGAGUAGUGAGGAAUACGUCAUCAAAAUCAUUGGGAUCCCCGGAGUUGGGAAAUCAUCCCUCUUACAGCAGAUGCGAACUUCCGAGUUUCUCGAGAGUUGCCCAGCAGGUCCUGAUCCCAGCUACAUAUCUGUCCCCGUCGUAUUAGGUGGAAAACAAUCUGUUCUGAAUUUUGUGGAAGCUGACAUGUAUACUCAGAAUCAUGGUAACAACAGUCGUUACGAUUCUUUUCUGAUGAUAUAUUCAGUAACUGACAGAAGAUCAUAUAAUUACCUCGCCAACAGACUUAAAGAAAUAAGGAACGAAAUCGGAGAUAAAAAACUUAUUUAUGUCGUUGCAAACAAAACCGAUCUUAUAAAAUUUCGAGAAGUCUCCACCACAGACGGUAGAACUUUAGCACAAGAGUACAAAUGUAGUUACAUGGAGGUGUCAGUUUCUCUACGAUGGAAUAUCGACAAACUCCUCGUAGAGUUAACAGAACAGAUUCGGUGUGGGAUAAAUGUCAGCAGUGACAAAAGCAACGUAAAAGUCAGUAUUACAUCCCGCCCACAGUCGGAGUCGGAAGGAAAAUCAUUGAAGCAACGAACUGAAUGUAUAUGUUCAAGACUACGGAAAUUUUUCAAAAGAAAGCAUUCGAAGGCAUGAUAUAACGUGGACAUUACAGUGUAAUUUAAUUAUAAAUGUUUAGCUUACCUCCACUAAAAGCCCGGAUGAGCGCUCCGGAUCACAGUUUGUCCAGCGUCCGUUCCUCUAUAAAAUUUUUGACUUCUCCAAAACUACAGUUGAUGGUUAAUGAAU